CAUAUCGCACCUUGGGAAGAAGAGUGUGCCAACUCAAAAAAUGGCAAUUUUGAGUUAAGUUGACUAAACGAUAGUUUUUAAUGUACUCUUUUGGGUAGAAGAGUGUUCCAACUCUAAAACCUCUCAUAGUUCAUUCAGUUUUUAAAAGUUCAGUAUUCCUUUGGCUAAAUCUUUCAUAUAUUGGCAAGAAUACUGUGCCAAGUAGAAUGGAACAGUCUUCUUGUAAAAUAUGCAGUCAGAAUUAUUAUUAUAAUUUGCUGGAAGAGUGUUCCUUUUGAAUUGGUACACUCUUCUCCCAAUAAUAACACAGCUGAUCGUGGGUUGGCACCAUUAAAAGUUAGGUUAUGUUAUGCAUACUUAACAUUAUGACUGACAAUUACUAAUUUUGACAGGAGAUUUUGGUUAAAACAUUAGUACUUUUCGGUUUUCGUUCAUAUCAGAAUGGAAAAUAGAUUAUCUGUAGAAAAAUCCAAUCAAAAAAUGUCAAGAGCCCAAAGAAUAAUUGAGUCGGCUUUAAAACAAAUAUCUCAAGAUGAUGUAUCACAAUCUUAUAAUGAGACAGCUGUUAAUAACAAAAUAGAAAUUUAUGAUGAUGCUACACAAACAAGUGGGUCUACUGAAUUGGCUGCACCUGAUUUAACUGCUGAAUCUCAAAAUGAUAUGUCUUCUAAUUCAGCCAUGCAGGAGGAAAUAAUUACAUCAUGUGAUGAUGACUAUGUUGAUAAUACUUCCGAGGAUGAAAAUUGGGAACCAUUGUCAAAAAAAAGCAAGCAACGGUAUUAUAAUAGAGUAUAUUCAAGUGAUUCAGAGGACACAGAUACUUCAUCAGACAGGUUUAGUAGUAAUAUUAAUAAAAAUUGUAAUGCUAGUACUCAUAAUGUAGUUAUAAGUAGUUCUGAUAGUGACAUAGCAGAGACGCCUAAGAAGCGUGUACGGAAAAGGUUUCGUAACGAAUUAAAUUGGAAAAAAACUGCAGCAAAAAUCAAACGCAAUUCAGGAAGUUCGUAUAUUAAUUCAAGUGGUAAAACGAUUGAAGCAAAAUCAUUAAAGCCUCCAUGCAGUAUAAACUGUCGUCUAAAAUGCACUGAGAAGAUUAAUAAUCAAGAACGUCAAAUAAUUUUCAACAACUUCUAUGCUUUACAAGACCUAACACGUCAGAGAGACUGGAUUGUAAGGAAUAUAAAGAAGGUCCAACCAAAAUAUCGGUAUACUAAAGAAGGAAGCAAACGAUCUUAUAAUAACAAUUAUUUUUUUGAAUGUAAUGGUAGUAAAAUACAGGUAUGUAGGCACUUUUUCUUGAACACAUUAGACAUUAGUAAAAGAACUGUUAGUACUGCUUUAGAAAAAUGCAACAAUGAGGGAUUUAUUGAAGGUGAGCGACGUGGUAAGCAUGGGAAACACAUAAAACUUGAUGACAAUUUAUUACAAGGCAUGUUCAAUUUUAUCAAUGCAAUUCCUAGGAUAGAAUCCCAUUAUUUGAGGAAUCAAACUACAAGGGAAUACAUAGAUGGUUGCAAAACCCUUUCUGAUUUACAUAGAGAUUAUAAACUUGAAUGCCAACAAAAUAAAAAAUUGUUUGGUAAUUAUACAGCUUUCAGAAAAACAUUUUUAGAAAAAUUUAACAUAAGUUUUUUUAUUCCGAAAAAAGACAAUUGCAGUACAUGUGAACAAUAUAAAAAUUGUCCAGAAAAUGAAGAAUUUAAAUUAAUUUAUGAUGCACAUUUAGAAGUAAAGGAACAAGCUAGGGAAGAGAAAAGAAUAGAUUCAUUAAGGGCAAAAAAUAAAGAGUGUGUCACAGCUGCUUUUGACCUACAAGCUGUGCUACCAACUCCAUGUGGAGAUGCAUCCUUAUUCUAUUAUAAAAGACGACUUUCCACCUUAAAUUUUACGGUAUAUGAUAUAGGAAAUGCCACUGGAUUUUGCUAUGUAUGGAACGAAGCUCAGGCAAGACGAGGCAGUAACGAAAUUGGUUCUUGUCUUCUAUAUUUUCUACAGAACAAUUGCCAAAAUAGAGAUGUCAUAUUCUAUUCUGACAAUUGUCCUGGGCAAAAUAAAAAACAGACAAUCCCGUUAGCCUUUCUCUAUGCAGUAGAAAAAUUUAAUGUUAAUUCUAUUACUCACAAGUUUUUGCCGACUGGACAUACCCAAAACGAAGGUGACAUGGUCCACUCAUUGAUCGAAAAACAAAAAAAAUUAGCGUUACGUUCUGGCACUAUUUCUGUUCCAGCGCAAUGGAUCACUGUUAUUCAGACAGCUAAAAAAAAUGGUAAUCCACUAAAGGUUCAAGAGCUGAGUACAGAGGAUGUUAAGGACAUAAAGCAAAUGAUGGGAAAUAAAUCAAAUUUCUCAAAAAAUACCUUAGGCGAGACUGUGAAAUGGAAAGAAAUUAGUGUCGUUCGAGUUGAAAGAGGAAGCCCAUUCCAUAUUUUUUAUAAGUACAAUUUCAAAGAUGAAUUUAAGGUUUUAGAUAUAAGAGAAAAAAAGAGAGGACGACAAGCACAAUUAAAAUUGAAACCAGCGUACAAUGACCCUCCUGGCAUUUCGUCUGCUAAAAAACAAGAUUUGUUGUCCCUUUGUACAUCUAAUAUAAUAAAUAAACAGUAUCACAAUUUUUAUGAGUCUUUGCCGAUUUCAAAUUCAGUUGAUACAAACAAUUGUUAGCUGAAGUCAAUGAAAAUUGACUAAGAUAAUUAAGGUAAUUAAAGAUUUAAUAUAAGUAAUAAUUAUUUCAGUAUGUAUUUAAGUGUAACCAACCUUUUUAUAAUUUGUAAUCAGCUCUAUGUAACUUAAUAAAUGUACGUUAGUUCUGC